AUCAUUCCUCUUGCUCAAGGCUAACGGAGUCAGGGUCAUCCACGGUGAUUUCAGUAUCAAACAGAGCUAUCUCGGUAUGAUCGAGAGCAUAUAAUAAUUCAGUGUUAACAAAACGCUUGCUGUCAUACAUAUUGUCAUGCAUAUUAAUGAUCAUGCAUAUCCCACAUCAGUAUCCAUAUGAAAUUCUUAUACUUAUCCAUCAUUCAACUGGAUAUUAACUAAGAAUAACUUUGAAUAGACAAUCAAAUUGAAAACUUUCCAUUCACUACUACGAGACUCGGUAGUAUCGGAGAGACCCUCCCCCUGACAGUCUAAACAAAUAGUCACGUGACCAAACAAGCCUCUUUAAGCGAGAAUGACUUCAGAGUGUUGUUGGAGUCCCUAGAAAUGGCCGAUAAUUCAUCGGAAAUUUCCACCGGAUUCGAUUCUCAGACCUCAAAUGGCGACAACGAAGAGUUAGAGGACAGAGAUGAGGUGUUUGAUCACAUCCCAAUGCCAAGAAAAGCGAGUGUUUUGAAGAAGGAAGGUCGCGGUCCCAAGCGAUCUUUGUCCAAGUCAGUUUCAUUUAGUUCACGACCAGAAGACAAGAAGAUCAUAAAUGCUGCAGAUUGCUUGACCUUCAUCCAGAAUGGAUGUGAGUUAAUGAAAAUUCGCUCAAAUUCUCGACAAUAUCAACGAUUUUUUUCCUUGGAUGAAGACUUUACGACACUGCGAUGGAAACCGUCAUCAAAAAAGCCAGAAAAAGCUAAAAUUAAUAUACACUCUAUAAGAGAAAUUCGUACGGGAAAGAAUACUGAGGUAUUCAGGGAAGUGGAUCGCGAUGACAUCCAAGAGGACUGUGCAUUUUCUGUAAUCUACGGUGACACAUUUGAGACUCUCAACCUGGUUGCUUAUUCUCCUGAUGAAGCAAAUAUUUGGGUGACCGGGUUAAGAUGCCUUAUUGAUUCAGAUAAAGCACAAAGUCCAGUAGAACAUCGACAGCAAAUGAGGGAUAGGUGGUUAAAAGAACAGUUUAUCCUAGCAGAUACUGGAGCCAAGGGCCGUCUUAAUGAAAAGGAAGUUCUUAAUGUGUUACAACAGCUCAAAGUCAGAAUACCAGAAACUAUAGUUAAGCAAAAGUUUAAGGAAGCCACAACUAUCAGUUCUGCACCACAUAAAAAUAGUUUAUCUUUGGAUGAAUUUUUAUCUUUCUAUAAAGAAUUAACUACAAGACCAGAAGUUUAUUUUCUAUUAGCAAGAUAUGCAAGUAAUAAUGACUCCUUGACAACAGAUGAUCUUCUCUUGUUUUUAGAAGCUGAACAAGGGUUGACUAGAGUAGGUAAGGAUGACUGUUUGGAGAUAAUAAGUAGAUGUGAACCAACAGAAGAGGGACGGAAAAAGAAGUGCUUAGGAAUUGAUGGGUUUACUCAGUACCUGAUGGAGCCAGACUGUGAUAUAUUUGAUCCUGAACAUUCCAAGAUAUGGCAAGACAUGGACCAGCCUUUAUCACAUUACUUUAUCGCGUCAUCUCACAACACGUAUCUUCUUGAUAACCAGCUCAGUGGUCGUUCCAAGGUAGAGGGUUACAUCAUUGCACUACAACAAGGCUGCCGCUGUGUCGAGUUGGAUUGUUGGGAUGGUGCAAAUGAUGAACCAGUUAUUUAUCACGGACAUACGUUAACUUCGAAAAUCUUAUUCAAGGACGUUAUUGAGGCAAUCGAGGAACACGCAUUUGAAGUGAGCCUGUAUCCAGUAAUAUUAUCUAUUGAAAACCAUUGCAGUGUAAAGCAACAGCAAGUUAUGGCAAAAUAUUUGAAAGAAAUUUUACAAGAUAAACUAUAUACAUCAUCUCCCGGAGAAAACGAGUCUUGUCUACCUGCUCCGGAAGCUUUGAAAGAAAAAAUUCUAAUCAAGAACAAGAAAUUACCAUGCUUUACAGACGACACAUCAGAAGCAGGUGAAGUCAGUGAGGAUGAAGAGGACCAAGAAGAUAAUGGGGUCAUCAAUGGUGAUUACACUAAACUUGACCGGCAGAGCACUCGACAGGGAAGCUUCAAGCGACAAACUCUCAAGCACGAUGUCAACAAAAACCCAAAGAAGACGAUAAAACUGGCUCGCGAGUUAUCGAACCUCGUUACUUACUGCAAGUCUGUGGCAUUCAAGGACUUUCAAUACACAUCUGAAAACCAACAAUUCUGGGAAAUGUGUUCGUUUAGUGAAACAGUUGCUCGUCGCCUGCUAACAACAUCUUCUGAAGAGUUCGUGAACUACAAUAAGACGUGGCUAAGUCGAGUUUAUCCUGGAGGAAAGAGAGUUGGAUCUAGUAAUUUUAAUCCGCAAGAAAUUUGGAAUUGUGGCUGCCAAAUGGUUGCAUUAAAUUAUCAAACGCCUGGCGUAAUGAUGGACCUUAACAAUGGAAAAUUUCUGGAAAAUGGUGAAUGUGGCUACGUGUUGAAGCCAUCCGUCAUGCGAGAUGAAAUCUCAUAUUUUAAUCCUUUUACGAAAGACACUAUUCCAGGAAUCUCACCUCAGAUAUUACAAAUUAAGAUAAUCAGCGGUCAACAGUUUCCCAAACCCAAAGGAUCAACGGCCAAAGGAGACGUCAUUGACCCGUAUGUCACGAUAGAAGUGCACGGUAUUCCUUCUGAUGUAGCGCAAGAGCGAACACGAACAGUUCCACAUAACGGUUUUAAUCCAUUGUUUGACGAGACCUUUGAGUUUCAUAUCAAUCUACCUGAACUAGCACUGGUGCGAUUCAUCGUACAAGAUGAUGACUUCAUAGGUGAUGCUUUUAUUGGUCAAUAUACUCUACCAAUGGAGUGCUUGUUACCAGGUUAUCGUCAUAUACGACUGUUAUCGUUCACUGGUGAACCUCUAGACUCUGCCACCCUUUUUGUUCAUGUCACUAUUACAAGUUUUAACGAAGCAGGGCAAAAACAAAGAAAACUUUCUUUGAGGAAAUCUAAAAAAGGAAGAGAGUACACAAGUAUGAAAACUGUUGGAGUUAAAUCUGUUGAUGAGACAUUUAAAUCAGCUAUUCAACCUUUACGAGAUGGUGCUGACCUCAGGGACAAUCUUUUGACCGCCUUGUCGAAUUUUAAGGAAAUCUGUGGUGUUGCACCGCGAGCCAAUUUAAAGCAGUGUAUAAGACUGUUAGCGUCUAGAUUAGAAACUGUGACGGAGACUGUACAUCUGGAACUGUUGAUGAAGGAUGAGUAUCCUUUCUUUGAGGCCAGCGGUAACAUACCAGACAUGCUCAGAAGAGCGCUGUCGGCUAUUGAUCAGAUUGUACAGGAAUCCAAGAAUUUAAUUGAAAACGGAGACACGAUAUAUGAAAGGAUAAUGCACUGUCAAAGAUCAGGUCUGGAGUGGCAUGAAGACCUCUAUGAUACCUGUACUAAAGAGGGACUAAAGGGCAAACGACUUUCGAAGGCCCUCGAAAGCUUUGCAUGGAACAUCCGGGUCCUAAAGGGCCAAGCUGAACUAUUAAUAGCGGCAAAACAAGAGUGUCAAGAAUAUUUAAGACAGAUACAAGAGGCUUCUAUAGCAUCUGGGUUGGUCAGGUCUGUCGGCUCAAAUUUAUGAUAGUUUCUUUAUCUCCAUGGUAACCAUGAAAUUAUCAGUGCAAACUAGGAACCAGGCCACCGGUAAAAUGAUCGAGGAGAAUCGACUAUGAUAUGGGGGACUGGGUCAAAGUUAUACAUUAUACCAUGUGUAAAUAUUUGAUGAUUAAUUAACUAUAAUACAUUUUAGUAAAUAAGGCGCUAUGAAUUUUGAAAAUAUUUUUUUGUACAUAAGAAUCUUUAAAAGCUAAUAAUUAGAGAAUGAUUUAUGAUAUAUAAUCGAGGUAUGUCCUAGCGAUAUCACCUCUGCCUGGUGCGUAUUAUAUUAAUAGUAUAUUGAUAAUUAUUAAUAACUUUAUUACUUUGUCUUUAUAACCGUCCACUUGGACAAUGAUCGGCCGGUAGAAUUUUUUCAAUGUGUAAUUUUGGGUCCAUCAGUAGAGGAAAAUCAUGAUUAUGCCAUUAUUGGACAUGGGCUACCUGUGGUAGGCAUUUUAUCAUGGCCGAUAUACAGAGAUAGUGAUAUUUUUCUUUACUAUUUAUAAUCGCUUUUGCGCUCCAGUAAACUGCAGCUGACGGAUGGAAAAUAAUCAAAGCAUGUUGAGUCGAUUCCAACCUCACGAUUCUCUACUUUUACUUUCGCAUACCAUGACACUUUACGGCUUUGGGGUAACCAAAGUAAAAAAAACAACAUAGACUUACGCUGGAGGCUGAUCGUAGAAUGAUGAAAAUAUUUCUUUUGAUAUCCAAAUAUUAUAAAAUGAAGACUGUUAGAAAGAGAUGUAAUGAGGGGGGGAAUCUUUAGAUGUAAACUUAAAUCACUUUUUCGUACGCUAAUUAUACAUUUUCUGUAACACCAAACGUCUUCCUGUUCAGAACGCCCAAAAUUAACUCAGAAUAAACUUAUAAUCAGUAUUCUACAGAUAAAAGCAAGUAAAUUGUACAUUGAAUUGAAGAACGUUUCAUUUUCUCGCAAGUUUUUUACCUGCUCUCCCCUAAAAAAAACAAAGCAUUAUAGGCUAAUGGGAAUGUAGAGGGGACUUUUCAUCACUGCGCAUGCGCUUAUGCUAUAUGUCCAUAUCUAUGAUCUUUAUUUGAACGAAAUAAAGGAUUGUGAUUGGUCAUUUUUUAUAGGCUUUGGAUAUUCUGAUUUGCUUAUAAAUAAUUUGCGGGGAAUUAGUUUUUUAGGAAAUGUUUUUUUAAUAGAGUUGAAAAUAUAUACGGACGUUAAAUUCAAGACAAAAUGUACAAAGUAAUAACGAGUACAGCUUUGUAUUGUUUCAUAGUAUUUAUUUGAUGUAAAUAGAUUUGAUGUAAGAUGUAUAAAUGAUUGAUAGGAAUGAAAGAGAACUUUGUAUGUACUGAACUGACAGAUGCUGGAAACAAGAAAAAGAAUAUAAAGAAAAUAAACGAAUAAAUCUAGUGACACUUCA